AUGAGGCGAUCAAGAGCAGUACUACUACUAUUCAUCAUCUUUGUCACUCAUAUACUUGUUGCUUCCCAUAUACACGAUACACCAAUCAAACAAUAUCUCGCUGAAACAGUACCUAUCCCUCAUUUAAAGCAGCUUCUAUUGACAGCUGAAAAGGAACAAAAUGCUACUGAUUUUGAUAGUUUGGUGGUUGAGUAUAUGCAAAAACAACUGCUGUUGACCGGAACAAGUCUAUCUUCUUCUAUGGAAGGGGCUGUAGAUGAAAAUACACAACACCGUAUCGAUGUCACAAAGCAAGUUAUGGAUGGAACAACAUACACAACCAAUGAUCAAUUUUAUGUUAUAAACAUCCCACCAAAGGAGCAACUCCCCGCAUUUCAAAACUAUGACCCUAGGUAUACAUUUGGGUUAUUGUUAAAGCAUAUAAAUACCAAUUUGAAUAACUUUGAUCAGCAACAGCAACCACAUUUAACAAUUCCUGUCUUCCACUGGUCCGAUUAUGUCGACAUGUCAGCAAUGGAGGAGUUCCUUUUCAAUCCAGAAAAACAACCAUGUCAAUACUUUGAUUCCAGUUCUCGAAACCCCAAAAAGAAUGAACGAGAAGGGUUGUUGAAACCAGAAACUUAUUGCGUUAAUGAUGAUGAUAUUGAUGCAAUUUUAAAAGAUUCACAAGCACAAGAGAAGUAUAAUGCUGAUACAAUAGCAGCAUUUCAAAGAAUACAACGUGAACGUGACAACUCGCCAUUUUUAACCACCGGGUUUCACAUAUAUAGUGUUACUGGGAGAAACAAGAAAUCAGCACGACCAAUACUAUCACGAUCUUACUUGUAUGAUUUUAUGCAAGUGCCAUUGACUUUAACAUUUUUGUUGCCCGGUGAAAAAUCAAUUCAAAUUGAUGUCAAUCAAGCACAAGAAGAACGCAUCACAUUGAAAGACUCAAGCGUAUUUCAGGAUGGAGAAAUCAACGUUAAAAAUGAAAUUGUGUCAUUGUCAAACAAGUUGCCUAAAAGGGGAGAUCAAGAACUAUCUAUGGAAAAGCAUCUUACACAUGAUCAGUUUAUUGAUCAUAGUGCGGAAAGAGUAUCGUUCUUGGAAUCACAAACACCACAACUCAAUCAAACUGACAAGAAUUAUCUCCAAGCAUUAAAAACCUCACUACAGGAACAAGAUCCAACAAAAUAUUUCCAUGAGGCAUACAUUGUUCGAAGAGAAGCCAACUACGCAUCAGGUAGCCACUAUGAUUGGAGAUUUAUGAAUGGGAUAGUCAAUGGCACACCCAGACAAGGCAUUUCAAUCAAUGGGCUUCUCAAGGCAUUUCUCAGAUUGACAAACCAAUACAAUCUAAACACUUGGAUAGCUCAUGGGUCUUUAUUGUCAUGGUAUUGGAACGGUUUACAAUUCCCCUGGGAUGCUGAUGUGGAUGUUCAAAUGCCCAUCGAUGAUUUACAUCGUUUAACCCGAUUGUUUAAUCAAACAAUUGUUGUUGAUUUUGGUACUAAUUUGCAACGAGAAACAAGGUUUGGCAGAUAUUUCCUUGAUUCAUCAACAUUUAUAUCUCAUCGAUCAAGAGGUAAUGGAAGAAAUAAUAUCGAUGCUAGAUUUAUUGACUUGGACACCGGGUUGUAUAUUGAUAUCACUGGAUUGGCAGUUUCUGAUAUGCCAACUCCAGGAAGGUACAAUUUCUUGUUAACAAAAACCAAAUAUGCAUCUUUCCACAAGAAUGAUGUUAAAUCAAUCCAUCCAAUAGAGAAGAACAAUUAUUUGCAAAUUUACAAUUGUCGUAAUGCCCAUUUCGCCAAAUUACAAGAGAUAAGCCCCUUGAGAUUGAACCUGGUUCAGGGUGAAAUUGGAUACAUUCCCUAUGAUUUUGAAACCAUGUUGCAUGUCGAAUAUCGAGCCAAGGGGACAUCAAGUACACUUUUCGCUGAUCAUGUAUAUUUGCCCAAAUUGCGCAUCUGGGUCCCCAAGAUUGUUGUAUUGAAAUAUGUAACCAAUGGUGGAUUAAAUAAUGGAGAAGGUCGUUUACAAAGAAUUAGUGAAGGUGAUACCGAUAUGAUUAUUGUUACAUUGUCAGAUGGUGAAUAUAUUGACUUUUUAUAUGACAAUGAGCCAGUAUUGCGCAAUUUUAUCGCUACGCAUGAGAUAACUUUAGUUCAUACUAUAGAGUUGCGUAAACUUGUGAAGAGCAAAACAUCACUCAAGAUGUUUUUGAAGGAGAAUGCCGGGAAAUAUGGAUUUGGUAGGGACUCAGAUGCAGAAGCCAAUAAUGGUGGUGGUGGUGGUCUUGCUGUUCUUCUUGAUGCUAGUCCUAGUGGAAUUGACAAAAGACGUGCUAGUUUGCAAUUGGAUUACUUUGUUGAUAAAGUGAGAAACACCGAUGGUGGAUAUGAUUACAAUGCUGAGUUGAUGAAGUUGAAUGAUAGAAUCAAGCUAUAUUCUGCAGCUUUGAAGAAUCGAAGGGAACCUGGUGUGAUUGAUAAGUUGAAGAAUGAGUUUUUGAGUUCAAAGAAGGAAGAGAAGGUGAAUAAGAGAGUGAAUGAUAAGGAGAGUAAGAAGAAUAAGAAGAGUAAGAAGAAGAAGAAGCAGAGAAAACUUAUGGAUUAA